UUGGCAACUCCGAAGGUUGUUGGUUGUUUUGACGCAAUUAUACGCACUGCGAUUUCAGUAAACAAUUCAAGCUGCAAUUUCACUCUUGUUUUAAUUGCACUACAUAAUUCACUUGUGCAACAGCUCUGGAAUUUUGCAGCAAUCGACCAAAAUUUUUACAAACGAUAAAAAAUUUCGUUAUCAAUGGAAAAUUGUUGAUAAGCCGUGUGCUGCCAGUAGUGUUAAAAUCGAUUAGAGUUCAAAGUGUUCGAAGACAGUGCGGGUAAACUUUAAUGCAGAAAGCGUGAAGACAAAAAUGUUAUGGCAAAAAUAGUUGAUCGCAUUAGAAAGUAAAGAAAUAAAAUUAUUUUUAAAAUAUACAACAAUGGAUUUGUUGCACCGUCUGCUGUACACUACAAUAGGUGCAUUGUCAAUCUUUUAUCUCUUGGUAAAGUACAGUUUGUCGCAUUGGAAGAAGCGUGGCAUAUUACAUGAGAAACCUAAAUUUUUAUGGGGUAACCUGAAAGGUGUGGGCAGCAAGAAACACAUACAAACUGCACUGCAAGAGCACUACAAUAAAUAUAAAGCGAAAGCGCCAUUCAUCGGUUUCUAUGCUUAUGUAAAGCCUGUAAUUCUACUACUUGAUUUGGAUGUUAUAAAAUAUGUACUCCAAACUGAUGCACACAUAUUUAAAGCACGAGGCUUGUAUAAUAACGUGGAAAGCGAUCCGUUGUCUCAAAAUCUCUUUCAAUUAGAUGGACACAAAUGGGAAGAAUUACACAACAAACUUCGCAUAGUAUUUUCAAAAGAAAAAUUGGAAUCAAUCGUACCAGCUUUGCUAAAUAUUUCAACAGUUUUUAAACGUUCCUUAAAUGAGAGACUAAGUUCGCGCAAGAUAUUUGUAAUAAAUGAUCUAGUGGACUCCUUUAAUGUAGAUGUGAUUGCAAAUUUAGUGUUUAAUAUGAAUAGUGACUCUCUGCUGCAUCCCAACACCGAGUUUCGUGCAAUGACGCAAACGUACAUGAAGAGCUUUAGUAUGAUCAAAGCUUAUUUAGCUACGUAUUUUCCAAUAAUAGCACGUAUUUUAGGAUACCGUAGCUAUGAUGAAUUAGUCACAAAUUAUUAUUGCAAUUUGGUAAAAAAUAAAGUAAUAGAACGCAAAAAACAACACUCGCAACCACAUAACGAUUUCUUAGAAAUAUUUGCUAAAUUAAAAUAUGAAGACAACUCACAAGGUGGCUUCAGCUUUAAUGAAUUAACAGCGCAAGCCUUUUCAUUUGUGCUAGCCGGUCUACAGACUUGUAAUACCACUAUGAUCUAUUGUCUCUAUGAACUCUCAGUGCAUCCACAAAUGCAAGACAAGGCAAGAGCAGAAAUUAACGAUGUACUUAAAAAACACAACAACCAAAUAAACAUGAAAAGUAUUUCUGAUAUGCAAUAUCUUAAUCAAAUUGUUUGCGAAACUCUACGCAAACAUAGUCCCUAUCCAUUCCUUCUACGCAAAACUACAAAAGACUAUGAAAUCCCUGAUUCGGUUUUUAUGUUCAAAGAAGACAACUAUUUAGUCGUACCUAUUUCAGCUAUACAUCAUGAUCCAGACAUAUAUCCAGAACCUGGUAGAUUUGAUCCGGAUCGCUUUUUACCAAGUGAAGUACAAAAACGACAUCCAUUUACUUGGAUACCAUUUGGUUUUGGUCCUAGAGAGUGUAUCGCUCAGGAAUUUGCGAAAAUACAGAUUCUUGUGGGUCUGAUAACACUUCUGCAAGACUACAAAUAUAGUUCGAGUACUGAAGUAUUCACACCGAUUGAUUAUGACAAUACAAAUUUAUUUAUUCUACGUCCUAAGUUAGAUAUAAACUUAUGUGUAGAGAGAGUAGAACAUUAAUUUACUUCUUACAAUUAUUUUAUAUAUAUU